AUGUUUCGCAAGAAGAAAAAGAAGAGGCCUGAGAUAUCAGCGCCCAAGAACUUUGAACAUCGUGUCCACACCUCAUUUGAUGCCAAGCACGGCUGCUUUGUGGGCCUGCCGACCCAAUGGCAAAGUCUGAUAGAGAACCUGCGCAGGCCCAAACCCAUGGUAGACCCUUCCAGGAUCACAGAGGUGGAACUGAGGCCAAAGAAGACCAUUGUGCGAGGGAGCAUGAUCGGUCACGGAGACUACAUCGCAGCCAUGAUCAAUGAUAUGAGCCGUCUGUCUGUGACCAGUUCCAACUCUUUGAGGAAGAGCAGUCCCUCAGCCAGGAAGAGGGCACAGUCUCUGGGAAGGCUGGGGGAAGUGAAUGAGGGAGACCCUUACCAGUAUGAGGGCCUGACCCAAGAUGAUGAAGACGACGAGGAUGCGGUUCAAGACCAGUGGAGGGACAAGGCCAGGAACAUCCACAGUGAGACCAACACCCCAUACUUGGGCAUGAAGAAGAGCAUCACUCUGCAGCCCAAUGGGAUCUUGCCAAAGGCCAAGUCCACCUAUGAAGUCAGCGUCAGUUCCUUGGAGGGACCCUCGCAACCAGCUCACUCUCAGAACAUCCCAAUGCUAAGUCACGGGGCUUAUAUGAGCAGUGAGGUUGGCAGCCCUCAGGAGAGAGUGAUAUGGAAGAGAGAUUUCCAGCUGCCUAGGGGAAUGCCUCCAAGCCAGAGACCUAUAGCUUGUUUUUACAGCCCAGCUAUGACUGUACAGCCGCCCCAUGGAGAUCAAGCGGCAGUCACCACGGAGCUCCGGCCCAACCUACCAAUGUACAUGCACCCACAGAACAGCCCCGGGAGGCCGUUCUCCUCCUAUGACCUGAAAGCAGAGUCUGUAGUGAGGUACCACUCCAGCUUCCUGCCCACUGGCAACAGCAGUCCUCUUGUGGGCGGCAUCAGACCCCAGCGUACUGUGCGUUCCUCAGCUAGCUACACGCUGGGUCUGUCUCCUAACAUGGGACUGAGGCCCAGUGGGCCUGACCCCUUCUUCAGACACUCUGGAUGCCCCAAUCCUCCCUACCCCCGGCAAGACAGCCCUUCCCAGCCUCGACCCUCCCCUACAGGCUCACUAGCCACCAGUCCUCCUGGCACAUGCUCCCCUGCCUUCAGACCACCACAACAUCCUUCACCCAGACCACCACCAGACCCACCCAAAGUGACCCAUGAACAGUUCAAAGCGGCCCUACAGAUGGUGGUAGACAAGGGUGAUCCGCGGUCUUACCUGGAGAACUUUGUGAAGAUUGGGGAGGGGUCGACGGGGGUGGUGUGUAUCGCUACAGAGAAGCACAGUGGCAAGCAGGUAGCGGUGAAGAUGAUGGACUUGAGGCGGCAGCAGAGAAGAGAGUUGCUCUUUAACGAGGUGGUCAUCAUGAGGGACUAUCAGCACAGGAAUGUGGUGGAGAUGUUUAAAUCAGCCCUGGUAGAGGAGGAGCUGUGGGUUAUCAUGGAGUACUUGCAGGGUGGAGCACUGACCAACAUUGUGUCUGAAACCAGGCUGAGUGAAGAGCAGAUUGCCACAGUGUGUGAAGCUGUUCUGCAAGCCCUGGCCUAUCUCCAUUCACAGGGAGUCAUUCACAGAGACAUCAAGAGUGACUCUAUACUACUAACAUUAGACGGAAGGGUCAAGCUUUCAGACUUUGGCUUCUGUGCUCAGAUCAGCAAGGAUAUCCCUAAGAGGAAGUCUCUAGUGGGGACACCCUAUUGGAUGGCUCCUGAGGUCAUCUCCAAAUCACCAUAUGGCACUGAGGUGGAUGUUUGGUCAAUGGGUAUCAUGGUGGUGGAGAUGGUGGAUGGAGAGCCCCCGUACUUCAGUGAAACCCCUGUAGCAGCGAUGAAGAGACUGAGGGAUGAGCUGGCUCCAACUGUACGAAAUGUCAGCCAGAUCUCCCCAGUUCUAAAAGACUUCCUGGACCGUAUGCUGACUCGGGACCCUCUAGAGCGGGCCAGCGCCACUGACCUGCUGGAGCACCCCUUCCUGCUGCAGAGCGGUUCACCUCAGUGCCUGGUCCCGCUGGUGGAGCAGUACCGCAAGCGCAUGUCCCGUUGCUGACCCUGUGGGGGAUCCCUCUCACCAAUGCCCACCUUAAAUCUGUCCUGAUCUGGCCUCGGACGAGGACCAGCACCGGGUUACAACUCCUCUUGCACUCAAGCCAAUGGGCGAUCAGCUCUAGAGAAACAGACCCAGAGAGCAUGUUGCUGCCAGAGUGAUGGUGGCAGGACGGCAAGUUUGGUUGAAAGACACCGCAUGGUCUCGGGCAUGACAGAAGCACUUUAGGAGUGAGUUAAAGGCAGCAUGCAAUCCCUCACCUCUCAACUCGGUUCGAAUCCGAAUAUUGAUUGGCUUCCUUUAACAUUCAGUGGGAUUCAACACAAGAUGGUGCAUAUCAACUAAUCGAUAUUCCACGUAACUAUAUGUAAUGAACACGUGCUACUCUAAAGAUCCUUUAUAGUGUUUAUAGUGGGCAUUAUUGCUAGCCGUGUAAAGCUUAUAAAGCUGGUGUUAGGCUCAAACCACAGUAGCUCAUUGUGACAUUGUUAGGGAAGGAUAAAGUUACCUCUGCACACUCACACACUCUGUUGUGGAAACUCAGUCAGUACACUCCACAAAUACUGACAGUAGACUCUUUGCAUGGCCAAAUGGAGGCACACCUGGCCUGAUGCGAAUAUGCUUGAAUAUGUACCAAACUGGGAUGUGAAAGACAUUUCUCUUUUAUUAGCAUAAUAAAUGGGUAGAUGAAAGCCCAGCUGCUACUAUUGGGCUAUUGGAAAAUCACCAGUACCAUAUUCCUCUUUUUCACAUUUAUUAUUUAUUUCCAAAAGGUAUUGUGGAUUGUUUGUAUGAUGUGAAGUUGCAAAUAUGGUUUCAUUAUUAAGUAUGGACUAAGCAGAAACAUGAAUAAUGUAAAUACAAAUACUGGAUAUUAGGUCAUUACACCUGCUGCAGUAAAUUAUAUGAGAUGAAUUCAAAAUUUUACUUUUCUUUACUGAAAUGUGAGUGUAUAAUUGUAUGUGUGCAUGUGUGUGUGUGUGUGUGUGUGUGUGUGUGUGUGUGAGCACAUGGGUACAUGGAUGUGUGUGAGGCAACAUCUCACUGUUUCCUUCUGAUACAGCCCUCUUUGUACUGUGACAGACUUUUUAAAAACCACCAGAUGUGUGUGUGUUGCUCCUCAACAAGAUGUAUAUGACUGCAUUUGUUUGCCUAGAUAAAGCACACAGGCCUGGCAUGUGAUGCUGCAGGACGUCCACCUGCUCAGAAACACUUUGCACAUAGUCUUUGUAUUCUGACACGGAUACAUGUUGACAUGUUUCAUGUAUUUCUAUCUCUGUGUGGAUCAUUCAUGGAAAAGAGAAUUACACAUUUUAAUUUUGUAUAAAUCAAUAAAUGAUGCAUAUUGAAUCAGAA